GUAAACCGGAAAAAAUAGAAAGAUAGUUUUCAGUUACAAUAUACUCUAAUUUUGAGGUUAUGAUAGGAAGUUGUAAUUUUUUGGCAAUUUUAAUCUGUUUCAGAGUUUAAUAUUUUUAACGAUAUGAUAAUUAGAAUAUACAAAAUUUUCAAUAUUAUAAGUUUAAUACUUUGUAUAUAUCAGCAUUACUGCAGUGCCAAUGAUGUAUUGGGUUGUAAUGGAUUUGUCAAGAGUACUGUUGGAGAAAUUGACUUUUCCAAAGUGGAAGUUAAAAUGUUUACUAAACAAGGAAGUUUAAAAGAUCAAACUGAAUGUGCACCAAACAAUGGUUAUUAUUUUCUGCCUCUUUAUGAUAAAGGGGAAUAUAUUUUAAAAGUAGCACCUCCCUUGGGUUGGAACUUUGAGCCUGCGGAGGUUACUAUAAAUGUGGAUGGGGAGACUGACUCCUGCAGCUUAGGCAUUGACAUCAACUUUGUCCUUCAAGGGUUUGCAGUGGCCAGUUUUGGCGACUCAAUUGGACCUAAAGGAGUGGUCGUGAACCUCUUGUCCACAAGUGCCAAGCCAGAAGUGCUGCUGUCUACCACUACUCAAGUAGGGGGAGGGUUUCUGUUGACACCAGUCAAACCAGGCCAAUACAAUAUUGAGAUAUCACACGAGAGGUGGCAUCUAGCGAAGAAACGCACUCCUGUGACAGUCAAGAAUGGGAAUACAGAGGUGGCAGCCAAUAGCUUGGUUGUGUCAGGGUACGAUGUCUCGGGCAGCGUCACCAGUGACAGUGAGCCUAUCAUGGGGGUCAGCUUUUUACUACAUUAUUUUCAGCGGUUUCCUACUGUUGGAUGCGACUCUUCGGCCUUGACUGGUUUCUCGCCAACAGGGUUGGAUUUGAAGGAGCUCAUCCCAAUCUGUCAUGUGGCGUCUGAUGCCAGAGGUCGUUUCAUAUUCCCUAGUCUUCCCUCCGGCACCUACACCGUCGUCCCUCACUACAAGGGGAUGCACAGCAUAAAGUUCGACGUCCAGCCUCAACACUUGGCAUUUAAAGUGGAACAUGACAGUUUAGAGUUGCCAAUGGUGUUUCAGGUGAAGGGAUUCAGCGUGGAGGGGCGAGUGCUGUGGAGCCCUGGUGGUAAGCCACUGGAGGGGGGGACAACGGUCAUGCUCAACGAGAAACUUGUGUCUAAAACUGGGGCUGACGGAACUUUCUACUUGGACAGCAUGACUCCUGGAAUAUACAAAUUGCUUAUUCAAGCCAAGGAUGUCGAGUUUAAGGAGCAAAAUGUGAAAGUGACGCCAAACACACCUCAUAUUGGAGACCUGGUACCCACGACAUAUCGUGUGUGUGGUCGGGUGACAGUGUCACAGCCUGGCUUCUCCCCUGCCAGUCGCCAGGUGGAUCUGAUCCACUCAACCAGUGAGGACUAUUACGGCACCAUCUCUGAUGCAACUGGAGGGUUUUGUGUAUUUGUACGCCCUGGAGAGUACACUAUCAGUCUGCAUGUCACUGACGCCGAGCAUGAGGAUGGGCUUCAGUUCGCACCUCUGAAGAGAAAAGUAAAGGUGGUGGAUAGCCCUGUGUCAGGAAUAGACUUCUCUCAAUUACAAGCCACUGUAAAGGGAUCCAUCAAAUGUUUGACGUCUCCAUGUCCUGAAAUUUUGGUUACCCUCCAAGCACUGAGUAACCUCUGGGUGAAUGAAUUGGUCUCUGUGUUAUCCAAAGAUAAAAAAAGAAUUUACAACAACAACCUGGAGAAAGUGCACAAAAAUUUUCUUGUGCCAUCGCAGGGUCUUGCGCUCACAGGGGUUAAUACGAUACCAUUUGGUCCAAGCGGUCAGUCCCCUUCAUGUAAAGAGUUGUAG